GCUUAGGGUACUUAAAGUAUGAAUGAAAAACUCAGGUGUAAACAAACUAUCUGAGGCAUUCCAUACAAUAUUAUACAAAAUAAAACCAAUAAUGACGGAGUUGUGUCGUACCUGCAUGCUGAGUUCCCAAGAUAUGAUAAAUAUAUUUGAUGGAGCCCCGGAAUCUGGAAUUCCUAUAGUGAAUAUUGUUGCACACUACACGGGAUUGGAAGUCAAGCGGGGAGAUUCGUUUCCGGAGACAAUUUGCCCAAUGUGUCUGCAGGAUGCUCGAGAUUCAUACGGACUUAUAGCAUCCUUUGAGGAUGGUCACCAGUUCCUCGCCCAAGUAAAGCAGGAAAACGGGGGUUUUAAGGAGGUAUCUCUGGAGGAAGAGGUCAAUCAGAUACUACACUGCCAAGUGAAGCAGGAGUUCAUUGAGGAGGAAUUCCUGGACGAGGUGGCGUGCGAUAUAUCAGACAGUCGGAGUGAGCAGUCGUAUUCCACUCAAGAGAUCGGCUACCCAGUAGAGAGGGAGAAACCAACUGGAGAUAGGGCAACCCAGCAGUUUUAUGGCCAUGGCCACGAUAAUACCAACGACAAUGAUGAGGACUUCAGUGCCGAAGAGCACCCCUUCAAGUGUUCUCUGUGCCAGAAGAGCUUUCCUCGUGAAUGGAGUCUUCAGGUGCACGAACGAUCUCACGUUGGCCAAUGGCCCUUCAAAUGCACCCAGUGUCCCAAAGCCUGUAGAACUUCCGGAGAUCUAAGGCAGCACUUUAUGAUUCAUACAGGCGAACGUCCUUAUAAAUGCAAUUAUUGCGAAAAGGCUUUCAGGGAUCGCCAGGGACUUAAGCAUCACACCCGGGUUCACACCGGAGAACGGCCCUACAAAUGCACUUACUGCGAAAAGUCCUACAAGGAGCGGAAAUCCCUCAGGGUCCACACUCGGAGCCACACGGGCGAACGGCCCUACAAGUGUUCCAACUGCCAAUCCUCUUUUGCGGAUCCCUCAAGUCAUCGGUCACACCUCCGCAUCCACAAAAGGAAAAGCACAUAACAUGGAAACAUGUUUUCGAAUAUAAUUUUAGUAUGUAGGCUAAAAGUACAAAAUAAGAGAAAAGAGCAGGAAUCUCUGUACUUGACUUGGAAUUUUAAUCAAACCAUCCAAUUAUUAUUUCAUCACAUUUGCAUUAGCUUUAGAACUAAAAAAUAAUUAUAAAUUGAAUUAUCUCUCGCAUUCAUAUUAUGGAAAAACAAUUUCUAAUAAGUAUUCAGAAAUAAAACU